AUGAGCAAUUAUGAUUCACCUUCUCCACUCCAACCAAUCCUGAAUUUCAAUGACGAUGAUGACGCCAUGGAUCAUUUAGUAAAGGAAUACUAGAGUCAAGGAAUAAGCGAUCUGUCAAUGACCAAAUAUAAAUACUUAGUAUAAAGAGGAUUGCAGAUGAUUCAUCCACCGUUGCCAGUCCAAAAUACUAAAAGCAAACUGAGUAAAUUUGUAAGUUCGCAAGAAUUACUCUAAGUGGACAAGACAUUGGUGGAUAAAUUAGAGAAGGAACAAAAAUGGUAACCUUAUAGAGAUAGACUCUUUAAAAACAAUUCUCAACAUAGUUUAAGGAGUCUUAACGAUAAAAGUUCUAGCAAAAUAUACACAGGUUAUGGCCCUUUGGAUGAAAUCGCUUUCCAAUUGGGACAUAAUAAAGCACAAAUAAAGCAUUAGAAUGAGUAACUGUCCUAACUAAUUGAAUAAUAUUCGACAAGUAAGAGUCAAUCAGUAGGAAGAUUGCCUAGGAUUAAGUGUUAUCCCUCUCGAUUAAAUGAUGAUGGUUAGAUCUAAAAUAAGCAUCAACCAAAAGUAAUUGAAGUGAUUUAAGAUGCUUUCAUCCCAAACUAUUGUUUGAAUUGGGUUGAGAAAUUUUAUGGGAAAUGGAGACCUGCAAUGAGAGAAGGAGCAACGUUGAGUGUAAUUCAAAACAAGUUCUAUUUGUAUGGUGGAAUAAGUGCCACUCCAUUCAAUGAUAUGAAUGUUUGGAAUGGAAAUGAAUGGUCUCAAAUUGACAUCGUAGAUAAGCCUCCUUUUGGAAGGACUAACCAUAUAGCUGGUGUUUAUAGGAGGUCCAUUUUCUAUUUUGGUGGAGAAAAACCAUAUGAUAAUGCAUAGAAAAUUAGAGAGAGUUUGAAUGACUUCAGAGUCUUCAAUACUGAAACCAAUGAGUUCAAAAUUGUGAGAACCAGUGGAGAAGGGGUUGAAGUAAGAAGAGGUUAGGCUAGUGCAUUUGUAGGGAAGCAUAUCUUUAUUAUGGGAGGCAUAAAUACCAAGGGGAAGUAUUUAUCAGAUGCCUUUCAUUUUGAUGUCACAACAGCCAAACAAGCUCCUGCUAAUAUUGAUAUAUGCAAUUAUUUUUAGAAUGGAAUCGCUUUUCAUACUAUAGUUUCUGUUUUUACUAACAAUAGAUUAAUAUAACUUUAUAAAUCAAAUUUAGAUCCUGAGGAUUUGAAGGAUAUGAAAUAGAAAGUGGAAGGAAUAUAUUUAUUUGGUGGUGAGAAUAAAUAAGGUUAAUUGUAUUCUGGUUUAUAUUUGUUAAAUACAUAUCAAAGACCUAUGUACUGGACUGAAGUCAAGGCCAAAGGAAUUCCUCCUUGUGCUAGAUAUAAACAUACUUGUAAUUAUUUUGAAAAGUAAUAAAUGAUUGUCCUCUUUGGGGGUAUCAAUGUUGACUCGAUAUUCUUAAAUGAUUGUCACAUUUUUAAAGUAGAUUCCUAAACCUGGUGCACUAUUUAAAUGGAAUAUAGAGAUGGUCGAGCAGGUCAUUGUGCUGCUUAAGAUGAAAAUAGAUUGUUAAUCUUUGGAGGCUAUAAUGAAAAUGGAUUCGUGAAAGCUGACAUCGUCUGGCUAGAACUCGAUUAGAGUAUUCAGGUAAAGACUUAGAGAGAAAAGUUAUCGAAUAUGGAUACUACAAAACAUGAAAAGAUGAAGGAGAGAUAGAAAGUGCAAGAUGAACAGGAAAGACUACUCAAACUUAGAGAAUAGAUUGAGUUACUAUCAUUCAAGGGCAUAAAGUCUUUUGCUCCUAUGCCUCUCAUGAAAUAACGAUCUAGAACUAGUUUAUGGAAGACUGUUCAAUCCAAGAAGUAAUAGAUGUUGCAAUUAAAAAUGAUAGAAGAAACCUAGCAUCUUAUGAAGGAUUUCAAUAAUGAAUCAGCAUAACGAAAUGAAGAAAAGCAACAAGAAUAGGCAACAUUAUCAACUCCUCUAAUCAACCAAUUGGAUCUAAAACGGAUAGGCAAAAAUUUUCGAUCAACUAAUUGA